AGAGGCAACACCAGAGGAGAUCCUGACGCGACCAUGAGCAACAUCAAACACCGAAAGAGCAACAGCCCAGCAGAUAAAAAAUCCAAGGCUAAGAGAAACAUCAGGCACUUCACCGAUGUGCAUGGCCUGCCAAGCAUUGAGAAGAUGGUAAGCUCAGUGGAGGAAACCCCUGAACCCAUCAGCUGCUUCAUCACAGGUACAAUCCCAGACUGGAUCAAAGGAAACUUCCUGAGAAACGGACCUGGCAAAUUUGAGAUUGGUAACCAAAGGUUCAACCACUGGUUUGACGGCAUGGCUCUCUUGCAUCAGUUCAAAAUAUCAAACGGACAGGUUACUUACAAAAGCCGCUUCCUCUCAAGCGACAGCUACCAAUCCAACCAAGAGCGCAACCGAAUUGUGGUGUCAGAGUUCGGGACGGUCACCAUGCCGGAUCCUUGCAAAAACUUCUUCCAACGUUUCCUGUCCAGGUUUGAGCUCCCAAAACCUUCUGACAACGCCAACGUGAGUUUUGUGACAUACAAAGGAGAUUACUAUGUCAGCACAGAAACCAACAUCAUGCAUAAGUUGGACCCUGAGACCCUGCAGUCUACCGGAAAGGUGGACUGGAGUAAAUUCAUUGCGGUGAAUGGAGCAACUGCACAUCCUCACACUGAGCCUGAUGGCACAACGUACAACAUGGGAAACUCCUACACCCCCAAAGGAGCAUACUACAACAUCAUCCGAGUGCCUGGAGGCAAACCGGUGGAGGGGGAAACCCUGGAGGGAGCCUCUGUGCUGUGCUCCAUACGCUCCUCAGAGAAAACCAAGCCCUGCUACUACCACAGCUUUGCAAUGUCGGAGAACUAUGUGGUGUUCAUUGAGCAGCCAAUCAAGAUGGACUUAUUGAAAAUUGCAACAGGGAAGCUGACGGGGAAAAGCAUCAGUGACGGUGUCUCCUGGGAGCCCAAAUCAAACACAGUCUUCCACCUGAUUCACAAAGACACUGGAAAGGUGAGCCCCGUUAAAUAUCUUGCCAAGGCGCUGUCAACUUUUCACCAGAUCAAUGCCUUUGAGGAGGGGGGCUUCCUGAUUGUGGACAUGUGUGCAUCCGAUGAUGGCCGGGCAAUUACAAACUAUCAGGUCCAGAACCUGCGCAAGAGUGGAGAAGCUCUUGAUGAGGUUUACAACACUUUGUGCAGAGUCUUCCCACGGCGUUUUGUGCUUCCUCUCAACAUUGACUCCCAAACGCCCUUCAACCAGAACCUGAUCCACCUGCCCAACGUCACAGCCACCUGCCUCAGAAUCAGCACUAACAAGGUGUUCUGCACCCAUGAAGACCUCCAUGGAGAGGAGCUCCAUCACUACGGGGGUCUGGAGUUCCCCCAGAUUAACUAUGACAAGUACAACACCCGUCCCUACCGCUACUUCUAUGGCUGUGGCUUCAGACACCUGGUGGGAGACACGCUGAUCAAAAUGGAUCUCAAUGGAAAGAGCAUGAAAGUGUGGGAACAUGCGGGUCUGUAUCCAUCCGAGCCGGUCUUUGUCCCCUCACCUGACGCCACAGAGGAAGACGACGGCGUCAUCCUGUCUGUGGUCAUCACUCCAAACAAGGACAAGAGUACGUUCCUUCUCGUUCUGGAUGCAAAGAGCUUCGAGGAGCUGGGCAGGGCUUCGGUGUCCGUGAACAUCCCAUACGGCUUCCACGGAGCAUUUACUGCCAUGACAUAGGCAUGAGGCGGAAGAAGAGGUUCACCGAUGAACCAUAAAACCAACUGACACCUGGACACUCAAUCUUUAUUUUUUAAGUUUUGCUCCGAUCAUCUUUUGGAUCUAUUGUGAAAGUGGUCUAUCAAUAACGAUUAUGCAGUUUUUAGACAAAAUCAGAAAACCUGUUGUUUUCUAGGACAUAGUUUCUGCAGAGCAGGAGUUCAUAAGAAAUUCACCUCUGAGUUGUGGGCGUGACCAUUAGCACAGAGCAAGCUUCUCCUUCCUGUCAUCCAUAACUGAGAGCUCUCUGUUUAAAUGCUUUCCUGCUAGCUUACAGCUACAACCUAACAUUAGCAGUGCAACAAGAAUGACAAAUGAUAUCAAAGCUAUCCAGCCGUACAGUUUUGAUCCAGUUUCCAGCUCAAACGACGUACAUGGAUCCAUUUGUCCACAAGUGGAUGCAUCAGAAUGGAGCACAGCAAGUAGCUUGUGACCUGCCGCAUGUUUUCUUUGUCACAAAAACCAUCUUUUUCAAACUGCAUUUUUUUUGGUCUGUUCCUGAUUCAUGCGUUGAAUAAGGUAGAUACUCAGAAACGCAAUUUUAAGCUUAAUUUUCUGUAUAUAUAUGUCCUCCACCAUCAGAAAAUACCACAAGGACAUGUUAAAAACACAUUUUUUAUUGGACUAAACAGCUUAAUGGCUUUAAUUUAGAUAUUUGUUGCAUAAUUAUUUCUGUUAAACAAGUUAUGAAAUAAAGCAGAAAAUAUGAAAGUUCAUCCAAGAAAAAAAUCAGAAACUGAACCGCCUGUUUUACUGAGCCGUUCGAAAUAUUGUCUGGUCUUGAUUUGCGUUUUACUUUCUCUGCUAAAUAAAAGUGAACAUUAUCAAAAAAUGAUGUGCAGGACUUACUGUAUGUGCAGAUGUUGUAGAUCUGGGAACAGCACAGAAGAC